AUGGGAAACUCCCAAACUAAGGAGUCACGCUCCACAACCCCGUCAAGUCGUCGAAGUCAAUUAUCUCCGGGCGCUUCCGAUGCCUCAAGUCGACCGUAUCAAGGUUCUCGGUCAGCAAGAGGCAGUAGGCCUGACCUUUCGAUUCUUGGAAUCGGCAGCAGUCAUGAUCGAGAGGUGGCCACAUUAGAACAUCGGCGGGAGACAAAACAAGAGCGCGAGGCCCGUCGCUUGGAUAAGGAACGAGUGGCUCGUCUCAAAGAGAGGGAGCGCAGUAUGAAGGAGGAGCAUGUCGAUGGAGGCUAUCUCGUAACGCAGGGCGUGUAUGUGGGGACAGAAGACUACAAUAAGGUAGUGGUGCGCCAACUGAUGAUUGAACGCCGACUGGCUCCCUUCUGGAGAGGUCUUAAUGACUUCUCGGAGUCGUGGGCUGAGCAUCAGAUUAUGGCGGCUGCACGAGGCAUGCCCAUUCCCCAGCCCGAUGAGAUCCCGCCCGAGUUAGAGUACAAAUUAUCCAAGAUCACAGACAAAGCCUCUGCCGAUCCGACAAAUAUUCAGCAUUUGACAGUGCCGAUCACGUCCAGAUCGCAAUCUUAUAAUUCAGAUGCUUCGCAGCCCUCCAAUCCCCCUCAAUCAUUACCCUCCGCAUCUCCGAUCGCAUCCGGGACAUCCACCUCCCCUCUUUUCCGAACAAGAGCGAAGACCUUGGCUGCUUUAACCACCUCCAAGCAUAGCUCACAAACAGAUCUGACUCCCCGGGAACUGCAGCUUCCCAAGGACCCAUUUGUCAACGGACAGCCGAUCGAAGUCAAUUUGUACAAAGACGCAAGCGAAUGCCCUAUCUGUUUCCUCUACUAUCCGCCGUACUUAAACCGUACCCGAUGCUGCGAUCAACCCAUUUGCUCCGAGUGCUUCGUGCAGAUUAAGCGCCCGGACCCGCACCCCCCAGAGCAUGGAGAGCCUGACGCAAAUGCUCCUUCAGCCGAGGGAGAGCAAGCUGAGUCGACUGAGUCACAAUUGGUCUCGGAACCCUCGGCAUGCCCCUUCUGUGUCCAACCGGAAUUCGGAGUCACCUAUUCAUCGCCCUCGUUCCGUCGGGGCCUGACUUAUGCUGCAGACCCCAGCGCCCGACUCUCACCUAACUUCACUUCCCCCGUAUCCUCCACCUCCUCCUUAUCAUCUGCCACUGCAGCUGUGUCAGGUCGCCGCCGUGCAACCUCACUAUCCGCCACUGACCCCACAGUGGUGACAACGGAUAGGAUUCGACCGGACUGGGCCACCAAAUUAUCAAAUGCACGAGCCCACGCGGCACGUCGAUCUGCAGCAGCCACUGCCCUUCACACGGCGGCGUACUUGAUCAACCCCAGUGCAUCUGGGAGUGACUCGCGUGGGUUUGGCAUCGGACGGCGCGGAAUGCGAAGAGCCACCGGUGGAGAAGGGUAUAGCGGCCGGACCGCUUCACCCGCCCUCAAUGCAUUGGCUUUUUUGACGGAGCGUACGGGUUCUGAUCGGACACCUCGAGCAACUGGACAAGACACUGAUUCUGCUUCUGCCGAAGAAGGGGCGGGUAACCCGGCUGCUGCUCGAUCGAGCUCGAGGCGCAAUCGAAUUGACGAUCUUGAGGAAAUGAUGAUGAUGGAAGCUAUCCGACUGAGCUUGGCCAGCGAAGACGAGCGCCUCAAAAGGGAGGAGAAAGAGGCAAGAAAAGAGGCCAAAAAGAGGGAGAAGGAGAAGGAGAAAGAGGCUAAGAAGGCGGAUAAGGUGGCUCGCAAGACUGGCUUGUACAGCAAUAAUGCUAGCGCCUCCGCUUUGGAUGUCCUUGGCGAGUCCAUUUUAGGUAAGGAGACUAGUAGCUCAUCCUCUGUCAUAGGCGAGGAUGUCAUUGGUGAAGAAAUCGCUGCUGGUAGCAAAGGCAAGGGAGUUGACCGUGCAUUGCCGUCGACCGCCGAAGAAACAGCUCCCCCUACGCUGCUUGAUCCAGCAUUACCAGCAAGCCAAUUGGCGGAUCACUCCGAGCCGUCACGACAAUCUCACCUGCGACAGGUCUCCAGCGCUUCUUCAUCGUUCUCCUCUGUCAUGGAAACCACCCCGGAGGAUGGCGCAGGAGGCCCUACUGCUGGAGAGGGCAACACCAACUCUCUUGAGCCAAUGUUCAAUUUCCGCAGUCUAGCUGCCGUGAUUGGAGACGAGGAGAAAGUGGAUGACUCUGCGGAACACGUUGAGGAUACCUCCAACAAGCAACAGACAGAGGGCUCUUCCUCAAGUGCCGCUCCGUCGGUCCACCAGCCUUUCACGGAGAUGAACACUGAAUCGGCUCCUAUCGUCGAGUCUCGUGUGGAGUCUAGUGAUCACUCCGGGACUCACCCCAAGGAACUUGAGGCUCGCUCUGUCGAGAUCACCAGUUCCCCCCCGCAUCCAGAGGCUACUUCGUGA